AUGACGGGCAUCGCCUCCAAAAUCAGGCGGAUCGGCCCGACCCCCGUGUACACCUCCCCCGACCCCAAGGUCGACAUCGUAUUUGUCCACGGCCUGAACGGUCACCCUUACAACACAUGGGCCACCACCGACCCCGACGUGUUCUGGCCUGUCGAUCUGCUGCCCGAGGUGUUGGCCCGCGUCGGCGUGAGGAUCAUCACCUAUGGAUACAACGCCAACGUCUCCUCCUUCUCCGACAGCGUGUCCAGCGAUCACAUCCACAACCAUGCCGAAACACUCGCCUCCAGUCUGGCCGCGAACCGCAGCCUGAAGAACUGCUCCGAUCGUCCGAUCAUCUUCGUCUGCCAUUCGCUCGGCGGCCUGGUCGUCAAGCGCGCCCUCACCUACUCCAAGAAUAUCCAGAAUGAGCGAACGGAGCACAUUCGCUCCAUCUGGGUCUCCACCUAUGGCAUCCUCUUCCUCGGGACGCCGCAUCUCGGCUCUGACAUGGCCAAAUGGGGUGUUCUCCUGCAGAAUAUCUGUUCCGCCGUGAUCCCCAAAAAAGUGAUGGAUUCGUCGUCGAACCUGAUCAGUGCGCUCAAGACGAACAACGAGACCCUGCAGAACAUCAAUAGUCUGUUCGCCGAGGACAUGGGCCGCUAUCACAUCUACUUCUUCCAUGAAACCCUCAAAACGGACGUCCGGGGCACCCGUGAGCUCAUCGUCGAUGAGAGCUCCGCCGCCCCUCACGCCGAGGGCGUCGAACGCAUGGGGAUCGAGGCCAACCAUCGCAACAUGUGCAAAUUCGAGGAUGAAAUGUCGCCCGGGUAUGAGGCCGUCGCCGCCGCCCUGUUGCGCUACGCAGGCGACGCCCCCAACACCAUCGCCGCCCGCUGGGUCGAAGAGAAGCAGACUCGACUACUCCGGAAGAAGCAGAAAGCGGAGGAGAUCUUCACUCAUCGAGAGCGAGAAGAUAUCAUGGAAAGGAGCGCUCCAAAUCUGCCCACGAGGGAACCCCCUGGUAGGACUCACUUACUUUCUGCAUCUGCAUCUGAGGAACCUGUCACGUUGAAGAGCUAUGAGAUCGAGGAAGAACCUGCUAAUAGAAACCCUAGGCAAAUCACCGAUAACCCGCAUCAUCAUCCAAGACUCCUCGUAGCACCCCCCGGUUUCCAUCCGAACGCCACGUUCUACGGGAUGGAAAAGGAACUGGACAUCCUGCAUACCAGACUCUACCGAGCAAGGAAGCGACCUAAUCACCUCACGGCCGUCUUGAUUAGCGGAGUCCGUGGCUCAGGGAAAUCACAUCUGGCCCGACAAUAUGUCUGGACCUAUCGCGAUUGCUAUCCUGGAGGAAUUUACUGGAUUGACGCCAAAUCCCCGGAGUCCACAUUCAAAUGCUUCUGGGAUAUUGCACAGGCCAUUUCGCAAAUCGCCGAUGACCAUGAGUUCUACCUACCGGAUUCCAGCAGGUCGCAUGGCUUCGUGGAAAUCGUACGGAACUGGUUCCAAACCCACGAUGGUUGGCUGAUGGUGUUUGACGGGAUUUCCUUUGCUUGUGACGAUGAUCUCAAUAACUUCAGGCAAUUCCUUCCCUUCAAAGAGAAGUGCAGCAUCAUAUACACCUCUGUGGAUAGGACGCUGAGCAAGAAGCAACGCUUGUAUGAGCCUUAUUGCUUGAAGAUGCCGCCCCUCGAAGUUAACGAUGCGUGCCGGCUCUUGUUCAAAGACAUGCGCAUUAAAAAUCCGACCAAACAGCAGAUCCGCAAGGCAACAGAGCUGGUCAAACACUACGGCUGCCUCCCACUUGCUGUGCAUGCAAUGGGGCAUCACUUGAACAACAUCGCCAAGCCGCUCGAGAAGUAUCACAUCGAUUCUCACCUGACCGACAAGAAGCUCGCAGAGCCCUUCCUGAGUAUCAUGCAUGAUCUCUACCGCCAGGAGUAUUUUGAGGCGCUGAACCUGAUCAAUCUCCUUUCCUUCUUCGGCCACGACAUUCCCGUUGGGCUGAUCAGCUUUGGCAGAGCUUCACUGGAAGCCUGGAAUGUCCAGAUUUUGACAAGUAGCGGGCCGGGGGAAGGCCCAGAUAUCGAUACCACGCUGGGAAUUCUCAUCCGGUAUGGCCUGAUCGAGCGAGUAGCGGUCCGAUAUGCCGUGCAAGCUGUUUCUCCGCGGACCGAGAAGGAGAGUAUUCUAGACAUGAAGGCAGUUCAACCAGAACUCUCCGAAUCGCAAACAGAAAGUAGCAGUCAGGAGGCGACUCUUUCCAUCUACGCCAACUCAAGUUCUAUCGACCGGAUCAAGAUCCACAGUGUCGUUCAGGGAUUCUGCCGAGAUGAGCUGAAGAUCAUGGACGAGGAGAGGAGGACGAAACCGGCCCCCAACGCGGAGAAAGCGGUCGCGGGAUUCUUCGAUUCCUGGCUUGUUGUUGCUACUCGAGUCCUCUGCACGUCGUAUGAAAGCGCGCAAAACCGCAUGAGCGGGGACGAUCACGGCCUGGUGCAGGACUACAGAGAGUACGAGACCCAUGCAUCCAGGCUCGCGGACCAUUUCCCUAAACGGAGCCACUCUCAUGAGCCAAAAAUCGUCCGUGAGGCGCGCGAGGAUCUGAGGCAGAUCAGACGGAGUAUCAGUAAUGAGAUCGAGCGAGCCUCACCCAGCUCUUCGCAGGAAUCCAUUCGGAAGCACCGCUCAGUGUUUGACCGUUCCAGCAGCUCUUCGUCCUCGAUUCCAGAUACUGCCACCCCGGAAGACGGUCCUUCUCGGCAGCUAACGUGGGAUACCAACGAAGUGGUUCCUGAGGUGGAAUCUCCUUUAGAGAUGCCUAGGGUCCCGCCUAACGUCAGUCUGAGACCAUUCCUCCCUCAUAUAUUUCGGGAUUCCAGCACGGAAAAGGAGAUUGGAUAUGAGACUGAUGGAGAGAACGACAACUACUUCCAUCGCAUCUCACCAACACCAUCUCGCACAAGUCACUCGACGGAACGCCCGAGAUCGUCACAAACUGCCGUCCCGCUUCAUCGCAGUUCGCCAGAGCCGUCGUCCCAUGCAAGCCACACGACGGAACUGCCGAAAUCCUCGCAACUCCCUAGCCCACAACAGACAGAUGAUCAGGAAUGGCAUGUUGUAAGACGCCCUACCAAGCCCAAGUCGAACAAGGAGAAGCCGUUGAAACGAAAACCAAAAUUUCCGCGCGCCCUCCGGCGUCCGAAACUGGCUGCUCCUAUCCUCAAGGUCGAAACUGCGUCAGGGAGAAGCGCAUCCGCCGGUGACAUUGGACAGAGGCGGAGCUCAUUGUCCGCCGAAGAGGCUCUCAUUGCUGUACAUAACGCAAGUCCUCCUCAGCACAAAGAGAACGUACCGCCAACCUACGCCACCGUCGCAGCCAGAUCCGUGCGCGAUACCGAUCCCUUCUGGAAACCACGGUCAUCAUCAACCCCUGGGGGCCAUCCUGGCACGUUGCCACUGACAACCAAGUCAUCGGGUGAUUCGCUAUUUACUCGGUCGACUAACCUGUAUGGAGCAUCGCCUUUCUCUCCCGAGCUGAGACCGGAGCGACUGAGCCAGUCUACGUACAGCGAGCCUGGCCAUCUAACCGACGACUUGAACGCUUUAGACCUGAGGACGAGCCUCAAUGCACGAUAUCAUCUGACUGCCAGACGCGUAGCUCCACUCGACAUGUCCGCCAGCACGCCGUCCAUAGGGACACUGCCUCCGCUGCCCUACGACAGCAACAUCGAGGUCGGCUACGCGCCCCGAGUCACCGGGGUCACCAAGCCCACGACUCUCAGUCAUUCGACGACCAACGUUACCUCGAUCUCGCAUCCCUCGGCCUUCAUGCCGGGUGUCUCGCGACCGCCGUCAGUAACAGCAGAGGGGCCACCACCUCCCGGCUACGCGUCUGAUCCCGCGCCCGAGCCCAUGUCACGCGACCUGUCAGCGCAGUCGCAUCACUCGUGGGCAACCGAGCCCGUCCGUGUCUCCAGGAUCGCCCCCAUGCCAGGCCCUACCCAGCCACUAGCCAGUACGCUGGCCAUCCCGCAGCAACAUGUGCUGUCGGGGACGGGGAGCUGGGCGGGCGAGCUCCAUCCUCUUCAACCGCCAGUGGCACCCGCCGCGCAGACUCUGUACCUGGGUGCGCAUCGGGUGGACAUUGGCGACCCUCACCCGCGCUUGGUCGGACCCCGGCCCUACGACAUUGCGCCGUACAACCCCUACCAUUCCAACCUGUCGGGGCCGCUGAUCCACCACGCACUCCCCAUCCAGCAAGCACAGGAGCUGCAGAUGCUACGGCCCCGGAGCGGAAGCUCCCCAACACAUGCAGCGUUCAGCGCGAACUUGUGA